AUACAUUAAUCGAACAAUCUUCUAUGACUUUAUAAACUUCCAAAACUAUCACAUAAUGGCCUCGACCUCCUCAGAACCCCCUAUCCAAUACUUUGACAUUCCAGAUUUCACCUUCCACAAUGGUACCACUCUCCCCCACGUACGCAUAGCCUACCAAGUCCUCAACCCGCAAAACACCAAAGUCGCAGUUAUACACAGCUGUUUCCGCGGCAAAAUCUCGAGCACAGUAACCCAUUCCCGCGGCGCGCUGUCGUCGCACAAAAUCAUCGUCAUCGCGCUCUUCGGAAACGGCGAGUCGGCCAGUCCAUCCAACACGCCAAACUUUGCCCGCACAAUCGAAUACAUGGACUGCGUUGCCGCACAGCACCGCCUCUUAAGCGAACACUUGGGUAUCAAAGAAGUAGAUGUCAUGAUGGGUUUCUCCAUGGGCGGACAACUGACUUACCAUUUCCUCGCUACUUACCCUUCUUUCACCCGCAGCGCAGUCAUCAUCUGCUCGUCCGCGAAGACUAGCGGGCAUAACAUCCAGUUCCUCGAAGGGCCGCGCGCCGCGCUAGAAAAUGCAGCGGAUUCUGCGCGCGGUCUCAGGGCGUUUGGGAAGGCGUAUUCAGCCUGGUUGACGAGCGCGGAGUGGUUUGACGAGCAACUUUGGCGGGACGUGGGGUUUGAGACGAGGGAAGCGUGGGAUGAAGUCGCUGCUGGGACGAACUAUGUGGACUGGUCCGGGGACGAUUUACUUGCUAUGUUGGGCAUGUGGCAGCGGGGAGAUAUUACAAGGUGUACUGGAAUGGGGGGAGUGGGUGCGGAGACAACGUUGGAGGAUGCGUUGGCGCGGAUCGAGACUAGGGUGCUGUUGAUGCCUUGUCUGACGGAUCAGUAUUUUCGGCCAUAUGUGAAUGAGCGGGAGGCACGUACAAUGAGGGAUGCGAGGGUGUGUGUUGUGCAGAGUGUUUGGGGGCAUGUUGUUGGCGGUGGGGCGAAUAAGGCGGAUUUUGAAUGGAUGGAUGGUUGCAUUCGUACGUUUUUGCAGGGUUGAUGGAAGAGCUGGAGUGGGAGGAUAGACAAGAGUUUGAAUCGAGAAACUAAUCUCCAAGCAACCCUUGGGAUAUUGGAUUAGUGAUGUAAUCAAAAACGCUGACCCCAAUCUCACCUCAAAUCCUGAGGACAUGAAUUGUUAAUACACAC